AUGACGUCACUAACAAAAUUAAUACUCUUAGCGCUCGCUGUUUUCGGCCAAUUACUUGUGCAACUCAAUGCGUCGCCGGUUGUUGGUACAUUCACCUACGAUGACAUAGAUGAUGAUGACUCCGAGGUGUUGGAAGUCGAUUUGAAUAGCAUUGACGCACUCCUAAGUAAUGGCGAACACGACAAGGACGUCAUUGAUUUGAGUCAUUAUGGCAAUUCGUUAUAUGGUACACCCGACAACGAAGUGACAGCACAAUUGGUUGCCAAUUACACCGCCGAGGAGUCGCCUGUGAACCCCGAAGAGUUGGGCUCCUACCUGGAGGGUGAUAUAUUGGUGCCCAAGCCACCGGUAAUGACUAGAAAUGGCGUUACCACGCAGAGCUCACGUUGGCCUAAUGGUGUUGUGCCUUUUGAAAUACGUGGUAACUUUAAUACACGCGAUAUGGCAACCAUUGAACAUGCUAUGGAUGAAUAUCAUCGUCGUACAUGUAUACGUUUCGUGCCACGCAGUAGUGAGCAGGAUUAUAUUUCGAUUGUGAGCGGUAAUUCGGGUUGUUGGUCUUCGGUUGGUCGUGUGGGCGGCAAGCAAGAGGUUAAUCUACAAUCACCGGGUUGCCUUUCCAAGCCCGGCACAGCAAUGCAUGAACUUAUGCACGCGUUGGGAUUUUUACACGAACAGAAUCGUCAGGAACGUGACUCGUAUGUGGAUAUACAGAUGCAUAAUGUACAGCCUUCGGCGGUCGCGAAUUUCGAGAAGGCUCAACGAACCAUCGCUUUCGGUGUACCCUACGAUUAUGGCAGUGUAAUGCAUUACUCGGCAAAUGCUUUCUCGCGCAACGGACGUCCAACUAUCGUAGCCGUGCAACCUGGUGGCGGUCAGAAAAUGGGUCAACGUGAAGGCUUCUCUGCUUACGACAUUGAAAAGUUGAAUAAAAUGUAUCAGUGCGAUGGAGGUGCUAUCGGCAAUGGCGGCGGCUUCGGCGGUAGUAUUGGCAACAAUAUGGGUGUUGUGCCGGCCGCUCCAGCGCCAGUUCCCGUGCAACCAGCUCCAGUCCGUCCCGGAGCAGGUGGUGCCAAUUUGAUUGGCAGUUUUCUUGGUGGCCUCAUUAGCGGCUUGGGAUUGGGUGAGGAAGCCAACGAUGUAUACACUACAACGGAAAUUACAAAUGCGUUUAAUGAAAUUCGAGCAUAAAUUUUGAGAUGAAUGAUAAGAAAAGCGACUAAUGCCAACGAAGAAAUAGGAUAAUAAUGCUUAGCGAAAAGAACUCGAAUUACAAAGACAG